AUGGUUGGUGGCGGUCGAACAGGCGUACACCUUGUGCUCGGCUUCGUCAUCGGCGCCGCUCUUGCGUUAUACUUCUUCUCGUCGCAACCCAACAUCGAUUUAAGUAGCUCAUUGGCUGCAUUCACAUUAUGUCGAAGUCAAGAAAACAAACAAAGUGUUUUGGAACCAUCGGCGUUGGAGAAGGGACGAGUUUAUAAGGAUGUUUCAGAACAUUGGAUUGUCCAUCAAGACGAAAUGCCCACACCACCAGCAAAUCAGGACGCCACACCUAAAGUUACUCGAACCCGAUUCGCUGCCACUGAACUAGGAACUCGAGAACGAAUUAUGGCUGCAGUAAUGGCUGAGUCGGCAUUGGCUCUUUCAAUCAACGCGACCCUCGGUAGACAUGUUCCACGAGUUCAAUUGUUUGCUGACUCUUCCCGAAUCGACAACGAUUUGGCCCAACUGACAAAUUUGAGUCCAUACAAGUUGAACGGGCAGAAGACGCAUUCAAUGGUUCUUGGUCUACUUUUCAAUAUGACGGUUCACGAUAACUAUGACUGGUUACUCAUUGCCAAAGAUUCUACAUACAUCAACCCAUUUGUUUUGCUCAGAAUGAUCGAUACGAUGAACUGGAACGAGGCAGUUGUGAUGGGAGAGCCAGCGGAAGACGGUAGUGGAAGAUGUCGUUUAGAUUCUGGAAUGCUUCUCAGUCAUCCAGCAUUGAGUAUGUUGAUGCACAAUCGAAACGCCUGCAAUUCUCUUGCCAUGGGCUCUGAUGAUGACCAAUUGGCAUUCGAAAAAUGUGUCCAAAUUGCCACAAAUUUGACAUGCCAACCGCUCCACCAAGGCGUCCGAUAUGAAGUAUGGCGUGCUCACAGAGCUGAUUCGCCGGCUGCUCAUGAUUCAAUUGAGGAUUGGAAAAGUGCUCCAUCAUUCAAAAGAACUCUUGUUGUGCCACGACUUCUUUCCGAUGCUGACGCGUCUGCUCUUCAUGAUUAUUUCGUGAGAGUUGAAAUGUCAAGAGCCGAUAGAGAAAUUGCAAAAAUGGAAGCAGAACUUUCUAGAUUAGCUGAAGCAGAGGCUCGUGAGACAGGAGAAGCUAUAAGUUGGCCACCAGCUCUUCCUCCAUUCGCAAAGCCACCAAACCGUUAUCAAGUUCCAACCUGGGAAUACUUCACAAUGACUGAAAUUUUCCGAAGCGAGCCCAAUCAAAAUGUUCGUCGUUUGGAAGGAAAAGAUUUUGAUGACGUGGCAGAAGUAGUCGUGGCAGCAAGACAGCAAGUCGAAACAGAAGAACCAGAGCUGGAGUUCGUCCAGUUGAGGAAUGGUUACAGAGUGUUUGAUCCACGACGUGGAAUGGAUUAUAUGAUUGAUUUAACAUAUCGAAAAACUGUAAAUGAGAUGUUGGAGAUGGAGAAUCGAUUUGAAGGUGACAACGAGGCUGCACACGAGGAGAGUCUGAAGGAGAUUGUGGUUGAACGAAGAGUGCACGUUAGUCGAAUGAUUGCAAGCACACAAUUAAUGAAUCAGGCACCAUAUGUAAAAGAAGACACAGAUGUCACUGUUGUCAUUCCAGUUGCCAGCGAGAAAGAGAUCCUUCCAGCUCGGAAACUUCUCGCCAGACAGGCCCGCCUCUGCCUCUCCCCAACUGAAGAAACACGAAAAACUCGUAUGGUUGUUGCAGUUUUCCCACCGAUUGAUGCUCGUUCAAUAACUGCAAUCAGUAAUGAUAUGGAAGAGUUGAAACGACGAUGCAAGAGAUCACUUCUCGAGACUGAUGUUCUUCCUGUUCGACCACCAGUCAGUACAGAGGGAAAAGGAACGGCUGCAGCUGCUGCGUUGGAUGAUGCUGUUGAUCGAUACGGAGCUAAUACGAUUUAUCUUCUUCUCUCCCCCCAUGCCGAUGUACAAAAAGAAUUCUUCGAUCGGGCUCGUAUCAAUACAAUCAAACAUUAUCAAGUAUUCUUCCCAGUUCCAUUUGUUGAAUAUCAUCCAACAAUUUCUGGAAUGGAAAUGAGUGAAAAAGAAGAAAAAGAUACUCCAACCGAACAAGCUCGUGAAGCAGCUCUUUCGAGAUUGAGAGAUGGAGUUGAACCAAAAAGAAAGAGAGCUCUGAUUGUACAGAAAGAACACGGACGAUUCGAUUCUCAAGAUUUCACGUGUUUCGCAGUGUAUGGAGUGGAUUACGUGACAGCAAGAGCGAAAUUGGGAGCUAAUGAACGACGAAAUGAUUUGAUUGCUGCGUUCUUGGGGCAAGAUGGAAUUCACAUUCUUCGAGCUGUAGAACCAACUCUCAGAAUACGGUAUCACAAGAGGAGCUGUGACAUGGAAAGUGUCGAUACGGAAGAUAUUGCUCGAUGUGUUGACAGUAAGAAGGAAAACGUGGCUGCCAAGGAUCAGUUAGCGAAACUGUUAUUCCACGAAAAGUAG